AACACAUUCAGCUGUUAGCACCAAGAUAUUGAUUGCUUGGAAAGAGUUUGUUUACAUCCUAGUGAAGUCUUUCCCAGAGAAAGUGAAAGAGUUAGAAGAUGAAAAAAAUUAGGAAGUUAAAAGGACAAGAGGUGGACAAAGAGAAUGGAGUACAGAAGACCUCAAAAAAGCAGAAUAGACGAGAGACGUAUUCUUUGAGGCGUAUUCUGUGUAUACAUGCUCUGAAUGCUUUAACCAAUGAGAUAAUUAGACAGGGCAACAUGCUUGCAAUAAGCACUCUAGCAGAGCUGUACCUUUUGUUGGUUACUACACAAGAACUGGAAAAGGAUUUGGAUAGGAAUCUUGCAGCACUCAAGAAAAUCUCCUCAAUCCUGACACAGUUGCCACACCACUACAAACUCUUCUCAGAAUCUGCUAUGUUCAACAUUUUAGCGUCCUGCUGCCGAUUCUUCGAGUCUACUGAGUUCAGUCCAGAGGAUAUCAUGAGCUCAGAUUGGGCGAUGCACAUGGAAAGGGUAAUACGAGCCGUGUGCAGCUUGCUGUCGAGGGAGCUGGGUAUAUUUCUCACAGAUAGGGAGAAUGAGCGAACUAAAGCGAUCCUGCCCUCACUUCUGUGCCUGGGUAUCAUCCUGGGACAAGAGGUGGGGGGACAGGCCUUGCAUCUGUGGCAAGAACUUGUGGCGAAGUACCACAUUGCCUCCCAGCUCAUUGAAACUUCUGCUGCUGCGCUACAGAUGGAAGAGUUACCAGAGUCGUGUCUUCUGAUGCUUGAGCUAUUGUCGGAGCUGGUCUGUGACAACAACUGGAGCCCCAGACAGGCUGAUGUCCUGGAGUUACACUCUGUCUGGGACAGUCUUAAGCCUCCCAUCCAGGACUUGUUUGGUCCUUUUCCUGUCUGCCUUGAGGAGAAGAGCCUGUUUGAAGCUACCAACUGGUGUUCAGUGUACAUGAGAGCCCUGAACCUGGUGACUGCUCUGGUCACACAUUCCUCCUCCAACACACGGGAACUGGGCUUCGACUUUCUGUACCAGCACGAGAAGUUCAUCUGUGACAUAUUUGAGUUUAAAGACGAUUCACUGAAAGAAACAGCUCUAGAGCUGGUGUCAGCAGCACUGAGGCUUCUCUGGCAUGUUAUUCAAGCCGUAGUGCCGUGGAACUGGAAACUGAAGACUACUCUGGGAAGGAUUCUGGUGAAAGUGAAGCAAUAUGUGGCGACCGUGGUAGACCUGUUGGGAGACCCGGACUCGCUACUCAAACGGAGAGCUCUAGCUCAGAAUCAGAAGUUUCCGUUACCAGAGCUGAAAGGAAAAAGACAUGCACUUGGAGCUGCAGCAACUGCAAUCUAGACUGCUGGGUAUGUUGGUGGAGAGCCUGAGUGUGCUGACAGAGACAUGUCCUCUACACAGUGACCUGUUGUCAGCUGACAGGCUGGGACUGCCCAUGUUCGUAAUACAUUUUGUAUCUUCUGCUGUAGACUGCUGGGUAUGUUGGUGGAGAGCCUGAGUGUGCUGACAGAGACAUGUCCUCUACACAGUGACCUGUUGUCAGCUGACAGGCUGGGACUGCCCAUGUUCGUAAUACAUUUUGUAUCUUCUGCUGUAGACUGCUGGGUAUGUUGGUGGAGAGCCUGAGUGUGCUGACAGAGACAUG